AUGGUCUACUUCCAAUUCGUCUUCGCGGCGAUCACCCUCGCUCUGAUCGCCGGUGCCUAUCUCGCGCGCAUGAAUUUCACGGCUUGGAUGAUAUUCGUACCACUCUGGUUGAUCUUUGCCUACUGUCCCGGCGCCUACAGCAUCUGGGGUGGUGGCUGGGCCACAAAACUAGGCGUUCUCGACUAUUCCGGUGGUUACGUUAUUCAUUUAUCCUCAGGUACGGCCGCCUUUGUUGGCGCCUACUGGAUCGGGCCUCGUCUCAAGAAAGACAGAGAGAGUUUCACUCCUAACAAUAUCCCACUCAUGAUGGUUGGAGCCGGCAUCCUCUGGGUCGGCUGGAACGGUUUCAAUGGUGGCGAUCCAUACUCUGCUUCUCCUGAUGCCGGCGCCGCCGUCCUCAACACCAACAUCUGCACUGCCAUGUCCUUGCUCACAUGGACAUGCAUGGACAUCAUCUUCUUUGGCAAACCUUCCAUCAUCGGUUCCGUGAACGGCAUGAUCACCGGUCUGGUCGGCAUCACACCCGCCGCUGGAUUCGUCGCGGGCUGGGGCGCCAUCAUCAUCGGCUUUUGUACCGGUACCAUUCCCUGGGUCAGCAUGAAUAUCGUCGCUACUCGCUCCUUCAUCUUCAAGCGCCACGUCGACGACACUUUGGGUAUGUAUCUCUUGUUCUUGCAGCCAUGUCAUUACACCAAGCUAACAACCACUCANGGAAUCACGCAUACGCACUUCGUCGCGGGCCUUCUCGGCGGCUUCCUGACAGGUAUCUUUGCAACCGUCCCCGGCGUGGCCGCCUUCGGCGACACGAACCCUGGUGGCGCCAUCGACGGCAAUGGCAAACAAGUGUGGCUACAGAUAGUCGGCGCUCUCUUCAUCAUCGGCUGGGACGCUGUCUGGACCUCGAUUAUCAUGCUUUUCAUCAAGUACGUGUGUCGCGUGCCGCUGCGCAUGAGCGAGGAUGAUAUGCUCCUGGGCGACGACGCCGUUCAUGGCGAGGGUGCGUACUGUUUCUUUGACGAUAUGGCGGGCCCCGUGCCCGAAGAUCAUAACGCUGUGCUUGAGGGGUUGCAGGUCCACAAUGAUCUAGAGAUUGGUAUUGGUGGAUCCUCGAGCCUUGGAUCCCGCCAGAACAGAGGCGAUGACCACGAGAAGGAGUCUGAGCAAACUAAGAAGGAUUAG